GAUACGCUUUAAAACGGUGUCUGCCUGGCUCCGCUGCCCGCACAGGCUCGCCUUGGCCAUGAUUGGGGCGGCCAGCCGAGACUCGGCGGAGGCGCCCGAGGAUCGGCGUUUCCUCAGCACGGAGGAGGCAGCUGCUCUGGAACGGGAGCUGCUGGAGGAUUAUCGUUUUGGGCGGCAACAGCUGGUGGAGUUAUGUGGCCAUGCUAGUGCUGUGGCUGUGACCAAGGUGUUCCCCUUGCCUGCUCUCUCCAGGAAGCAGAAGACGGUGCUGGUCGUGUGCGGACCGGAGCAGAAUGGGGCGGUAGGGCUGGUCUGUGCCCGGCACCUGCGGGUGUUUGAGUAUGAACCGACCAUCUUCUACCCCACACGUUCACUGGACCCGCUGCACCAGGACCUGACCACCCAGUGUGAGAAGAUGGACAUCCCCUUCCUGUCCUAUCUGCCCACAGAGGUCCAGCUCAUCAAUGAUGCCUAUGGGCUGGUGGUGGAUGCUGUGCUGGGCCCUGGCGUGGAGCCCCGUGAGGUCGGGGGCCCCUGCACACGUGCGCUGGCCACACUCAAGCUGCUAUCCAUCCCUCUCGUGAGCCUGGACAUUCCCUCAGGCUGGGAUGCGGAGACCGGCGAAGACUCCGAGGACGGCCUGCGGCCCGACGUGCUGGUGUCACUGGGGGCGCCCAAGCGCUGCGCUGGCCGCUUCUCCGGGCGCCACCACUUCGUGGCUGGCAGGUUCGUGCCCGACGACGUGCGCCGAAAGUUCGCUCUGCGGCUGCCGGGGUACACGGGCACCGACUGCGUGGCCGCGCUGUGACCGCCCCCCGUGCCCUCGCGGCCUGGACGUGCCCCAAUAAACAGACA